AUGGGAACGAGCUUCACACCCACCGCUGGCAUUCACGUCCCUUUGCCCGGUCGUCACCGCGUUACGACCACUUUGUGGGAGGACGAGAGCACGCUAUGCUUUCAGGUGGAUGCCAAGGGCGUUUGCGUCGCCCGCAGACAUGACAACAACAUGGUCAACGGCACGAAGCUGCUCAAUGUGUGCGGAAUGUCGCGAGGGAAACGCGACGGCAUUCUAAAAAAUGAAAAGGAAAGGAUAGUCGUCAAAGUUGGGGCUAUGCACCUGAAGGGCGUGUGGAUUGAAUUUGGCCGAGCAAAACAAUUGGCCGAGCAGAACCACAUCGCCGAGCUCCUUUACCCGCUGUUCGAGCCCAACAUCCAGCAAUUCUUG